UUGUUGCUUUCUUGCAUUCGAAAGCUACAGAUUUUUGCUUUUAUUGAAAACACGGCUUUCCUUUUAAUCAAACGAUAUCGCAUAAACAAAACUCAAUGCAGUUUUAUAACGAACGCAAAGGAUUUCAUUUCCAUACGAAUUGUUUAUUUUCAAUUAUAUGUAAAAAUAUCAAUGGUAAAGAUUUUCACGAGAAUAUUGAAAAUUAUAUUUAAAUUAAAUGAUUUAAUUCGCGUCUCUGGCAAAAGUGGUUCGAUUUGAAAAAUUGGCUUACUAUAUUUUCCUUUCAUCUCCAAUUCAAACACAAUGGAAAAGGAAAGGAGAGAAUAUGGUUUACGAUCAUCCUUCGAACCCAGGUUCUGCAGUGAUAAAAAGAGGAUUUAACGAAUAUAACGGUGCAAGCCGACAGCACCGGCAUUAUCCCACGAAAAUUCACCAGGUUUCUGAUAUCCAGCGAGGCUGAGGCCGAAGGUGACUCGAUGGACAUCGGAGUUUUUGAUCUUCAGGAUGAGGCGUUAACAAGGUACUCAGAGAUAUGUCCAAACGCUGUCGUGGAGACCUCGAAGGUGCCGAAAGAAGAGGUUUCUGUGGCUUGGACCAGCCCUUCCGAAGGUAGCGGUUGCAUAUUUAUCAGAGCGACGAUAUUGGAAACGCCGGAUACAUGGUACAUGGAUGACGGGAACUUAGUUCUGAAGAUAUGUCAAGACUCGAAAGCCGAAGCGGACGAUCAGGGACCAGUGUUGCAAGAGUGUUGCGCCUGCGACGAGGCAAAGUACGAAGUUACUUUCGAGGGACUUUGGUCGAGGAACACUCACCCCAAGGAUUUUCCUAGCAAAGGAUGGCUCAUUCGAUUUUCAGACGUUAUUGGAGCUUCCCAUACGGUAGAUUACGGGUUUUGGAAAUACAGUGGCAUGGCCAGUACAGGUCUGCGACAAGUCGCUGAACACGGAUCAACCAGAAAAUUAGAAUCCGAAUUAAAGGCUCAGAGUGAACAUAUUAGAACGAUAAUAAAAGCUAGAGGGAUAAGUUAUCCCAAUGUCACUGGGAAAACUUUUGCAGUGUUCCGGGUUGACCGGAAGCAUCACCUUAUGUCUUUGGUGUCCAUGCUUGAUCCUUCACCGGAUUGGAUCGUCGGUGUGUCAGGCUUGGAACUGUGUCUGGCUAAUUGUUCCUGGAUAGAACACAAAGAGCUCAAUUUGUAUCCUUACGAUGCAGGUACCGACGAUGGAAUUACUUAUUUAUCACCAGAUUCGCCAACAGAACCACAAGAACCCAUCCGACGUAUCACUUCGACCUAUCCAAACGACUCGAGAUCUCCGUUUUACGAUCCUUCCGGUUUAGACAUGAAACCCCUUGCGAGACUUUACUUGAAUCGGCAAAGACUUUAUGAAAAGUCCUGCGAGGAUACCUCAGCGGAUGCCGCUGAUCCAGGUGCAACAAUUGGCAGUAGUCGCAAAAACAAAGCCUGCAAGGUGACAGAAUGGGGUUCCUGGAGUGCUUGUUCCGUGGAGUGCGGUCGUGGAAGCAAACUUAGACAAAGGCAUUAUCAGGACGAAGCUGCUGCGACGAUGAACAAAUGCAACACCAUCCUAACUGACAGAGCGACCUGUUAUGGGAAGAGUCCUCACUGUAGCAAAGGAGGCCGUUUCGCGCACCUGUUGGACACAGAAAAAUGCGCUCUAACCGAAUGGACCAGUUGGAGUUCGUGCACGGCCACGUGCGGACCAGGUCACAAGACCAGAUCGAGGAACUUCCGGGAGAAGAAGCAUCGGAAAGAAUGCAAAUCCAUUCCCGACGGGCCGGAACUUCAACAGACGAUCGACUGUGAGAACGAUCCGUGUCUCGAUGGGGAUAUGGAUGAGGUAAGAGAACCGUCUAGCCAGACGGAGGAGAAUGAUGUGGAUAUGGAACAGGACAAUGGUGACGGAGAGGAUUACGAAGGAGAGGAACCGACGGUGGAGGUAACCGAAAAAUGGCUGCAGAAGUGUUCCGAGGAUCGUUACACGCAGUGGUCGUUAUGGUCCCCGUGCAGUUCCAGUUGUGGUCCUGGUGUCCAAUUGAGAUCCAGGCUGGUUAACAAAAAUUGGAGCAGCAUGGGGGACAACGACGAAGAUGUAAGCCUCGAAGAGUGCAAACUGCAACAGGCUGCAUGCGUAGCGAAUAUUCCAACGUGCGAUUUCACGAAGGAAGAAGCGGAGAAGAUCUGCAGGGAACCGAUGAAAGAAGGAGGAUGCAAUGGAAAUAUUUUACGAGCGUAUUUCAACCAAACGGUGGGUCGUUGCCGUCUGUUCAGUUAUUCCGGCUGCGGUGGAAACCGCAACAAUUUCCAAACGGAACAAGACUGCAGAAAUGUUUGCGGAGAUUUUCAAAAAGAAUUAAGGACAAACGCGUCUUCGACGAUGAAAAAUUAUAAGGUGUCCGUCAGCAGCGUUCUCAGCUAUCACAUACCUGCUCAGGAUCAACGCAGCACGAAGAUAAAACGAGCUCACCACGAAAGAUUAGAAUUCAAAGGGAUACAACCGGACAGCCAAGUGAUAGAAUCACAGGAAAACACGAAAAACGUUGAUUGCCAGGUAUCUGAAUGGAGUAAUUGGUCACAAUGUGCAGGAUGUCGUGGAUAUACAGAGAGUACCAGGGAGAUUUUGGUGCCUUCUAGAGGAAACGGUAAAAAUUGUCCAAAAAAGAUGCGUCGUAGGAAGAAGUGCCAUAAAAUUCCACCGUGUUCCUUGCAAAGGGAUGGGCCUGGACGACGCACGUAUCGUAAAGAAGCGGAAGAAAAUCAAAUUUCAGUUGAUUGCAAAAUGUCACAAUGGUCCUCUUGGUCACGUUGUACAGCCACUUGUGGAGAUGCAUCACAGUAUAGAACAAGGAUAGUCAAAGUUCAACCCUUUGGUCCUAGAGGUAAAUUAUGCCCCUCUUUAGUAGAAUAUAGGAAAUGUCAUACAGUGAAAUGUCCAUAAAAUUACCGACAUUUUUUACACAUGUAUGUUUUUCAAACAAAACAAAAUCUAUUAAUUUUUAAACAGUGUAGGUGUUUAUUUGAAGCAUUAAUAUAACAUAACGCACAAAAGUCGUGCCACAUUUUUUAAUCUGUGUCUUGUUAUCAACAUUACAUUUAUCAUUUUCUGAAAGAAUCAAAUAACACUUAACUAUUACAAUAGUUCGUUCAGUUAACAGGAAGUGCAUUCCAAUUACUUGUAAAAGCAAAAAGAACUAAGUUAUUGAGAUUUAUAAUAAACAUAUACUAUUUAUAAUCAAUUUUAGAUUUAAUUUUUACAUGACUAGAUUACAUAGAAGAUUCUGUUUUGUUAAAAAGAAUUCUAUAGAAAAUUUAAAUUAAUUAAGAAUAAUCAACUCAUUUAUAACAGAUAAUAUCAUCUGUGUGGGUAUCAUAAAAAACAUAUUUAUAGCAUUUAUAAUAUAAGAUUUAAGAAAAUAUAGAUCUCAGUUUAAGACCAAAUACUUAUAUGUAUUUAUGAAAAUCAUAUAUUUAAGAUUUUAGUAAAAUCAGUUCCAGAUACUACAAACGUCGAGAGAAUACUUGUAUGUUGAGACAAUACUAUAUGUAUAUGUAACAUAUCUCUAGAUAGUAAGAUAUUUACUUAUUAAUAAUAAAUAAACCAUUGUUACUAUAUUAGUUUAUUCACUUGGAUCUGAUAAUAAUGGUAUUAUACAGAGUGGUCCACGCUGUUGUUCCAGGUCGUAACACCGUUAUUAACGCAUUUAUGAAAAAAUGCGUUAAUAUCGGAGUUAUGACCUGAAACAAUUGCGUGACCUAUUAUCUGUGUUCUUAUCCUAUUAUCAAUAAUGUUAUAAAUAAAACUGAUUGCAAAUCUAA